UGAUAGUGAAACCAAAGUGCCUGGGCAUCAGGACAUGCCACAGCAGGACUUUUAUGAGAGGAAGGUGGAGGAACUGCAGAGGUUGAUCUCCCAGAUGAGAGGAGAGAUGGAGAAAGUGAGAGCGGAUGCUCAACACACAACAGAGUUCCAACACCAGCUCAUGAAGCGAGUGAUGGGGGAGUGGAGGGAGCAGGAGAGGAAAUUAGUGCAGGCCCAGAGAGAAAGAGAGGGACCUCUCAGACUAAUCCUGGGGACUGUGAAAGACGUAAGGAGAGCGGCAGAGGCACUGAAGAUGGUCAACAGAAGUCAGGACAGUUCUGGGCCACAGGCUGCGAUGUGGCCAUUGGAUGAAGAACGCAAAAAGGCUCUGUUGAAGAGAGCUCGAGCCCUGCGAAGAAAGCAGGAGGAAAUGCAAGAGAGACGUCAGAGAGAUGACAUGGAGGAAACAAAGAAGCGGAUGCUGAAAAGAGCAAGGGUACUGAGAGCCAAACGAGAGAACGAAAAAGAAGCUCAAGAGAGAAAGACCGUAAACGAUAUGGAGGAAACGAAGAAGCUGAUGCUGAAAAGAGCCAGGGCACUGAGAACUAAACGAGAGAACGAAAAAGAAGCUCAAGAGAGAAAGACCAUAAACGAUAUGGAGGAAACGAGGAUGCUGAUGUUGAAAAGAGCCAGGGCACUGAGAGCCAAACGAGAGAACGAAAAAGAAGCUCAAGAGAGAAAGACCAUAAACGAUAUGGAGGAAAUGAAGAAGCUGAUGCUGAAAAGAGCCAUGGCACUGAGAACUAAACGAGAGAACGAAAAUAAAGCACAAGAGAGAAAGACCGUAAACGAUAUGGAAGAAACGAAGAGGCGGAUGCUGAAAAGAGCCAGGGCACUGAGAGCCAAACGAGAGAACGAAAAAGAAGCUCAAAAGAGAAAGACCGUAAACGAUAUGGAGGAAACGAAGAAACUGAUGCUGAGAAGAGCCAGGGCACUGAGAGCCAAACGAGAGAACGGAAAAGAAGCUCAAGAGAGAAAGACCGUAAACAAUAUGGAGGAAACGAAAAAGCGGAUGCUGAGAAGAGCCAGGGCACUGAGAGCCAAACGAGAGAACGGAAAAGAAGCUCAAGAGAGAAAGACCGUAAACAAUAUGGAGGAAACGAAGAAGCUUUGGAGGCCACUGAGGGCCCAAUGA